AUGAACUACUACCACCUUUCUUCUGUCAGCUGCGUAAUGAAGUUGUAUACCGUACCUUCAACUAGGGCUGCGUUGAAAGUAGAACUUAGAAACAAUGCGCGACUUGGUCCGCUUUGGUACAGAGUGAACGACUCUUCUGUAAACGCAUCAUCUACGUUACCUCAAGAAAUCCAAUCGAAAGAACAAAUCAAUGAGCGAGUUGCAAUUGAGUCCCACGCCCAAGGCUUGAGCUUAAAGUGGAAACAAACCUAUGCAUAUGCCAAGGCGCUCAUGCAUUUCUAUAGACAUGGGGUGUCCAGUGUUUGGAACAACUACUUCAAAGAAUAUAGAGCAUUAAAGAAGAACUUCAAGCUAACAAACAUUGAUAAUCUGGGGGUGCAGCAAAGUAUCAAAAUUCCAUCCUUCACGAAGUUAACUCAAGAGAUGGCACAGCAGUUGUAUAUCUUGGAAAUGGAACGCAAUACACAGAAACAAAUCCAAAAGGAUGAUGCAAAUAUGAUCAAACGAGUGAAAUCACCAUCUGAAGCAGCUCACGCUGGAGUAUCUGAGUUUCAAUUGAACCGCCACCAGUAUCAAAUCUUGCAUCGUACACCCAAGGACUUUGUCAAGAUUCCUAGUUUCGCAGUGAUAUUCAUGAUAUUUGUGGAAACUACACCAUUGCUUUGUUAUUUGCUUCCUGAAAUCACCCCGCUGACGUGUGUUUUGCCAAAUAUAUUGCCCAGGCUAUGGAGCCCAAAAGCUUCAAUCCAGCUUCGUGAUAUGAGAACAAAGGACUCUGCAGACUUGAAGUCAACAGAGGAUGCUGCGCGUCAAACUGCGUUUAACUUGCCGCUUGCUGAAGUCAAAUUGUUGGUUAGUACUUUAAGACUUAAGUCGAAGUACGUCCCUGCGUUCAUGUUCCCGGAAACAGUGUUACGCCGUCGUUUGCAGAAUCAUUACAACUAUUUGAAGGUGGAUGACAGCUUUUUGUCGAAAAAUGGUAACAUUUGGAACUUGACGGAGCAAGAAUUACUAUUGUGCUGCUUGGAACGUAAUAUAGUGCUUGAUAUCAAGCAAGACUCGAAGCUAUUUGGGAAUGGUGAGCAGUAUUUUGAUGAGCUCCGUUUGAAGUUGUUGAGGUGGUUGGCAGAUUUCCCAGAUUACAAUGUUGGCUAUAUCGGCUUAAAUCAUGUUUUGGGAGAGGAAUCGGUAAACGAUACCAAACUUAUUAUGAACUUAUGGAGAGAAGACAAUAAGACCUAA